ACAUUAAUGUGUGACCAUUAGAAUAUAUAGGAGUAUAUGUUAUGUUACAUGAUAAUUAACAAGCCACUCCAAGGUGCUUAGAGACAUAAAUGGCCAAAAAUUUCUUCCCUAAAACUAAAAGUGUAAGACCAUUUCAAAAACGAACCAACUUGUGAUAUGUUGUUAACUGACGGACUGAAAUGAAAUAGGGCUCCAGCCUAUAAAAACCCAACCAGUAGCUGGCCAGAGACACAAAGCAAAUAAAAAGCCUGCAAAGUCGCCAUGCAUGCAAACGAGAAGUGUGUGAAUGUUGUCGUCGGCGACGUGGACGUUGACCUGUACCCAUUCCUACUCCGAUACAAGGACGGCCAUGUCGAGCGGUUGCUGUGCAGCCCUUUCGUGGCAGCGUCCGAGAACCCGACAUCCAACCGCGGGGUGGCAACCAGGGACGUGGUCAUCGACGCCGGCACCGGCGUGUCGGCACGCCUGUUCCUCCCCUGCCGAGCCACGUCCGGCGGCCGGAGUAGGAGGACGACGACGAAGCUUCCCCUCGUCGUGUACAUCCACGGCGGGUCUUUCUGCACGGAGAGCGCCUUCUGCCGGACGUACCACCGCUACGCGACCUCCCUGGCGGCGAGCUCCGGGGCGGUCGUGGUGUCGGUGGACUACCGCCUGGCGCCGGAGCACCCCAUCCCCACGGCCUACGACGACGCGUUUGCGGCGCUCCGGUGGGCGGCGUCCCUCGCCGACCCGUGGCUAGCGGAGCACGCGGACCCUCACCGCACGUUCCUGGCCGGCGACAGCGCCGGCGGGAACAUCGCGUACCACACGGCGGUUCGCGCCAGCCGCCGCCGGGACGACGGCGGCGGCGGCGUCGACGUCGAGGGGGUGAUCAUCGUCCAGCCCUACUUCUGGGGCGCCGAGCGGCUGCCCUCCGAGUCGGGCCCCGACGACGGCGCCGCCGUGCUGCCGGUGUACAGGGUGGACAGGCUCUGGCCGUUCGUGACGGCGGGGCAGGCAGGCAACGAGGACCCGCGGCUGAACCCUCCCGACGAGGAGAUCGCGUCGCUGACGUGCCGCCGCGUCCUGGUGGCCGUCGCCGGGAAGGACACGCUGCGGGACCGCGGUGUCCAGCUGUUCGCGCGCAUCCGCGACUACUACGCGCGCGCCGGCAGCAGAGCGGCGACGGCGACGCUGGUGGAGUCGGAGGGCGAGGACCAUGGCUUCCACCUCUACAGCCCGCUGCGCGCCACGAGCAGGAAGCUCAUGGAGAGCAUCGUGCACUUCAUAAACCAGCCGCCGCAGCCGCCGCCGCCGGAGCUCGAGGUGGAGCUGCAUGCAGCAGAUGCAUGGGGAUGGGAGGGCCUUCACGUAGGUACUCACCGGCGCGUCGUGCUAGGCGUGCCUAGCAGGCCGUUCAGGGACAUAUUUGACUACGGGAUGGACAUGAAGCGUGUCACUGGUACAGCCUGUAGGGCAUAUGAAGGCGCAUCGAGAAUUGGACGUGGCAACCUAGCAGCAUCCAAUAAGGUAAAGAAAUGUGGGCUAUUUGUUACAGGCUCAGUGAGGCCUAAUAAGGCAGUAGCAGCAGCAACAACAACAAUGCUUCCCGGCACUCGUGUUAUCAUCAAGAACUUCUUUUAGUAGAGACGAAGCAUGCAUAUGUGCUCCCAAACAUGUGGUAACUAAUAAAGUUUAAAAAAUAAACAUGUGGUAACUAAGGGAUGUGAUGUAUCUUCCACAAAUGUGGGUCUCAUUGUGUGUGUUAAUUUGUCGUUGUUAAGAAUAAUUGUGUCGUCAGGAUAAUGUAAUUGUGUCAUUGUAUAUUAUUUCAAUAAACAAGACUACAAAGGUGAUGCUA